CCGCCCCCGCGAUGCCUACAGAAGCCAGGCGCUGAGUGACCAGCGUGGGGGCCCGACCGGACUCUGGGCGCGAUCGCGCACCGAGCUUGCGAGGUUGCAGGUGAGGCGCGGCCUGCAGGCGGAGGAUGGGGAGCAGGCCGUGUGGGGCGGGCUCCUACUGAGUCGGCGAAGGGUCGAGCGAGCGCGCCGGAGGAGCAGGCCGGGCCGGGCAGCGAGUGCAGAGAUCGGGAGACGCUUCGAGAAGAGGCCGCCUUUGGAGGCUCGCGGAUCUAAGUGUGAAGGCGUUGGGUUCUUCCAACCUGUUGGUCAGGAUUGGGAUUUCCCUGGGAGGCGUGUCUUAUCUGUAACAGCCAGUUUCCGCUGAAGGCCACCUAAUUUACUUCAGGGACUUAGAGCCACCGCUUGCCCAGCUCGGGAACUCCAGCACAGGGAGCACGGAGGUGUGUGCAGCUGCCGGAAGGGGAAGCUCCCCAGUGCCCUCUGUGCCCUGGCCACCUACAGAUCUUCAGCCCUGGACACUGUGAACCAAGACUCUGGGACUGAGCACACACCCUGUCCUGGGCUCUGCGGCUGCACCUUCUCAGUGCUGAUGCACUGACGAGAAGGCCGGCAGGAAGGGGUAGGAGGACUGGCCAUGGCUGCUCCAGGCCCCACCUAGGCUCCUGAGCCCUGGAGGGAGAGCUCCUGGGGGCUCUCAGGGUCCUGCUGCUGAUGGGCCUUCCUCUCAGUGAGGUCCCAGGAAGUUGGGACUUUGUUGUCUGGGUAAUUACCUUCAGACGCUGGACUGAGGCCGGGCAGGUCUCAGGGCCACUUCCCACAGGUCGUGCCCCCUGACCCCACAGGGAGGUGAGGUACUGUUGUGUAGAGGCCCUGCUGGUGGAGCAGCUGAGGGCUGGGCCUGCCUGGGCGUGCUGUGGGCGCCCCCUAUGCUGUCUUUGCUGCUUGGGCCUCUUGACCCAGCCUUGCCAGGGGCAGAGGGCACCAACCCUUAGGAAGGGGAUGCCCCCGAGGGUGCCUGAUCAGCCAGCUGCCCUACCCUUCAGGCCCUGCCUGGCCUCCAAGCCCCCCAUUGUGGUGCCCCAAGCAGCCCUGUGGGCAGACAUUUGCCAUCAUGGCCGAGCACCUGGAGCUGCUGGCAGAGAUGCCUAUGGUAGGCAGGAUGAGCACUCAGGAGCGGCUGAAGCACGCCCAGAAACGACGUGCGCAGCAGGUGAAGCUGUGGGCCCAGGCUGAGAAGGAGGCCCAGGGUAAGAAGGUCCACAGGGAGCAGCCACGGAAGGAGGCAGCUGACCAAAGGCCACAGAAAAAGGUCCUCUUCCUUCCUAGCAUUGCCCUUCUAGAAGCUGCUGCCCGAAAUGACCUCGAGGAAGUCUGCCAGUUCCUCAGGAAUGGGGUCAGCCCAGAUCUGGCCAAUGAGGAUGGCCUGACAGCACUGCACCAGUGCUGCAUAGAUGACUUCCAAGAGAUGGUGCAACAGCUACUGGAGGCCGGGGCUGACGUCAAUGCCCGAGAUAGCGAGGGCUGGACGCCUCUGCAUGCUGCAGCCACUUGUGGCCACUUGCAUCUGGUGGAGCGCCUCAUCUCCCGUGGUGCAGACCUCCUGGCAGUUAACACUGAUGGAAACAUGCCCUAUGACCUGUGUGAGGACGAGCAGACACUGGACUGCCUGGAGACCGCCAUGGCCAGCCAAGGCAUCACCCAGGACAGCAUUGAAGAAGCCCGCGCAGUGCCAGAGCUGCGCAUGCUGCAUGACCUCCAGAGCCUGCUGCACACUGGGGCUGACCUCAAUGACCCCUUGGACCAUGGGGCCACACUGCUGCACAUUGCUGCUGCCAAUGGGUUCAGCGAAGCAGCUACCCUGCUGCUGGAGCAUGGAGCCAGCCUGAGCGCCAAGGACCGAGACGGCUGGGAGCCACUGCAUGCUGCAGCCUACUGGGGCCAGGUGCAUUUGGCAGAGCUGCUUGUGGCCCAUGGGGCUGAUCUGAAUGGGAAGUCGCUGAUGGAUGAGACGCCCCUGGAUGUGUGUGGGGAUGAGGAGGUGCGGGCCAAGCUUCUGGAGCUGAAGCACAAGCAUGAUGCGCUCCUGCGAGGCCAGGGCCGUCAGCGCUCCCUCCUGCGCCGCCGUACUUCUAGUGCAGGCAGCCGAGGGAAGGUGGUGAGACGAGUGAGCCUGACCCAGCGUACCAACCUAUACCGCAAGGAGCAUGCCCAGGAAGCCAUUGUGUGGCAGCAGCCGUCGCCCAGCAGCCCAGAGCCACUAGAGGAUGAUGAAGACCGCCAGACGGACGCCGAGCUCCAGCUUCCACCCCCAGAGGAAGAUGACCUCAGCGUGGCCAGGUCACACAAUGGCCGGGUAGAGGGCCCCCCAGGGCGGCACCUGUACUCCAAGCGGCUAGAUCGAAGUGUCUCCUACCAAUUGAGCCCGCCGGAGAGCAUGGCUCCCAAUGACCUGGUCCGGGACAAAGCCCACCAAACCCUGGCAGAUCUCAAGCGCCAGCGAGCUGCUGCCAAGCUUCUACGACCAUCACCUGAGGGCCCGGAGGCCCCUGAGCCUAGCCUGCCGACUGACACUGAGACCUCCCGUUCAGGCUGUGGCUCCAGGGCAGGCGGGGACCCACCCCUGCUCAAGCUCACAGCCCCUUCGGAGGAGCCCCAUCUGGAAAAGAGGCCCUGUUGCCUCCUCAUGUGAAGGCUAGCGCUCAAGGUGGCAGGGUCCCAUCCCCAGGCCCAGCCGGAGUGUGUGCCCUGGUACUGCAGGCAGGCAGCUAGUGUAGUCUCUCCAGCUCCCUCUUCCAGGACACUGGCCCUUUCUCAGGGAUGUACCUGUGGCAGACCCAUACCUGCAAUAUCAGCUGCAAAGACUAUCCUGUGACUCUUGAUAAAGGGCUGUUUGCCAUCAAGUCUUCCCGUGUGUCUCAGCUGGGGAGGGGCAGGCUGUGUGGCUGCGUCAGGUGCCACCUAUGCCCACAAGCACCCAGGCCUUGGAGCCAACAGCCUGCAGUGAAGAAGGUGCCC